UAGAAAGAAGAAGGACAGGCUGUCAUAUCCCACUGGAUUAUCUUGGAAUAUGUGAAGAAAUCCUGCAUUUGGAAGUUUGGAAUACUGAAGGUGGAAUGUUUGGAAUGGCACUCACCCUGGGUUAUGAAGAGAUCCAAAGUGGCAGCCAUUGUAGGCGGAAGGCAUACACACCUAUCACCACUCACUGGCAUUUGUAUGACACUGUCGUUGCAAUAGUGUUGGUACAUAUAUGUGUCCGUCUGAAAGAUAGUGUGUGGUAGUUGUGAUAGACAUGCUCAGACUACCCACAACCCACUUCUCUGUCUUCUUCAACCAAUGAGGCAGGCUGAAAGAAGCACUUCUUCAUGCAAAUGAUGUAACCAUCUGCUGAAGAGCUUGGUACCACAGGGUUCCGGACAGAAACCCCGCUCCAACAGCACCCCUGUGGUUCAGACAUGACUAUACUAUUUAUACAAUGGAUCAUAUGUCAUAACAUCAUAUCAGAUUGGUUCAAACCAAAGUAUUGAAUUGAGUCUUUAUGACAGAAGAGAGGUUCAUUUGAUCAUCAGAAAGGUGGUGAAUUGAGUCUUUAUGACAGAAGAGAGGUUCAUUUGAUGGUCAGAAAGGUGGUGAAUUGAGUCUUUAUGACAGAAGAGAGGUUCAUUUGAUCAUCAGAAAGGUGGUGAAUUGAGUCUUUAUGACAGAAGAGAGGUUCAUUUGAUCAUCAGAAAGGUGGUGAAUUGAGUCUUUAUGACAGAAGAGAGGUUCAUUUGAUGGUCAGAAAGGUGGUGAAUUGAGUCUUUAUGACAGAAGAGAGGUUCAUUUGAUGGUCAGAAAGGUGGUGAAUUGAGUCUUUAUGACAGAAGAGAGAUUCAUUUGAUCAUCAGAAAGGUGGUGAAUUGAGUCUUUAUGACAGAAGAGAGGUUCAUUUGAUGGUCAGAAAGGUGGUGAAUUGAGUCUUUAUGACAGAAGAGAGGUUCAUUUGAUCAUCAGAAAGGUGGUGAAUUGAGUCUUUAUGACAGAAGAGAGGUUCAUUUGAUCAUCAGAAAGGUGGUGAAUUGAGUCUUUAUGACAGAAGAGAGGUUCAUUUGAUGGUCCGAAAGGUGGUGAAUUGAGUCUUUAUUACAGAAGAGAGGUUCAUUUGAUCAUCAGAAAGGUGGUGAAUUGAGUCUUUAUGACAGAAGAGAGGUUCAUUUGAUGGUCAGAAAGGUGGUGAAUUGAGUCUUUAUGACAGAAGAGAGGUUCAUUUGAUGGUCAGAAAGGUGGUGAAUUGAGUCUUUAUUACAGAAGAGAGGUUCAUUUGAUCAUCAGAAAGGUGGUGAAUUGAGUCUUUAUGACAAGAGAGGUUCAUUUGAUGGUCAGAAAGGUGGUGAAUUGAGUCUUUAUGACAGAAGAGGUUCAUUUGAUCAUCAGAAAGGUGGUGAAUCGAGUCUUUAUGACAGAAGAGAGGUUCAUUUGAUGGUCAGAAAGGUGGUGAAUUGAGUCUUUAUGACAGAAGAGAGGUUCAUUUGAUCAUCAGAAAGGUGGUGAAUUGAGUCUUUAUGACAGAAGAGAGGUUCAUUUGAUCAUCAGAAAGGUGGUGAAUUGAGUCUUUAUGACAGAAGAGAGGUUCAUUUGAUCAUCAGAAAGGUGGUGAAUUGAGUCUUUAUGACAGAAGAGAGGUUCAUUUGAUCAUCAGAAAGGUGGUGAAUUGAGAUGAAAUAGCAGAAUGAGUGUUUUUUAUGAUCAGCUGCUGUUAGACAUAGUACUCCAAUACACCUGUCUGCAUCCAGCUGUUAACCAAUCAUAAACAUGUCUUUAAUAGGCCAAGUAAUGUUAUCUACCUUCUCUAAUAAUGUAUGACAGCGUGUAAACCAAUGCAGUAGUGUAGAGCUGUCCCUCUAACCUGUACAGUCUGUAUGAGGAAUGUCUAGAACCUUAUCAGUGGUCCUGGUCUUUGUAUUCAUGAUUACAUAUUGCUGUGUCACCAUGCCCAAAGGCUUAGUCAAACCAGACAGGGUGCACCAUCCUACACUCUUAUGGGUACAUACUACUGUACAUUCUCUAUCAGUCUGCCUGACUGAAAUGUUCACAUACAUAGUCCGUCUGUUGUUUUAGCCAAUAACUUGGCAGGACACUGAGGGGUUCAGUCAGCCAACCAAUGACUGAAGAAUGCAGGAUGCUGUCCUUGCUGGAAUGUUGUAGUAUAUAUAUAUCAUCAUAAGUUCAUGAGCAGAGUUUCUGUGUUCACUAUAGUUCUCAGUGAGAACGCCAUUUUAACCUUACAGGACACAGCAAGACUCCUCUUCAUCAUGUUCUUCCUCAUCCUCCUCCACUGCACCAUAUUGGUGACCUGCUGCUGAUCCCACAGACAGAACUACAGUUAUAUCUCUGACUCUGAGCCCCACCCGUACUGGGCUUAAGAGAGAGGCGAUGGACUUCUAACAACAACAACCUGGGCCUCCAUGUUGCUUUGCGGCGGACUGACUGAGGCGUUGUGAGAGACUAUGGAAAAUAAGCCCUCUAUGGCGGACGGAGGCUUGGGAGGGGGGGGAUCAGGAUUAUUAUGAUUAAGCCUUAAUAAAUCCACAGUAAUGAUGAUCAACCCAGUUCAUCCCUCUACUAGGCAUGUCAUCAUGUAAUAUAUUCCUUCUAUACAGCAGGGGAAACAAACCCAGUCCUCCAGGGCCACUGGAAUGAUGCUUUCACUGUUGUACUCUACAGCAUACAGCUUCUGGUUAGAGAGAUAUAGGGUGAAACUAGGUGAGACAGCUGUUGUACUCUACAGCAUACAGCUUCUGGAUAGAAAGCUGUAGGGUGAAACUAGGUGAGACAGCUGUUGUACUCUACAGCAUACAGCUUCUGGUUAGAAAGAUGUAGGGUGAAACUAGGUGAGACAGCGGUUGUACUCUACAGCAUACAGCUUCUGGUUAGAAAGAUGUAGGGUGAAACUAGGUGAGACAGCGGUUGUACUCUACAGCAUACAGCUUCUGGUUAGAAAGAGGUAGGGUGAAACUAGGUGAGACAGCUGUUGUACUCUACAGCAUACAGCUUCUGGAUAGAAAGCUGUAGGGUGAAACUAGGUGAGACAGCUGUUGUACUCUACAGCAUACAGCUUCUGGUUAGAAAGAUGUAGGGUGAAACUAGGUGAGACAGCUGUUGUACUCUACAGCAUACAGCUUCUGGUUAGAAAGAUGUAGGGUGAAACUAGGUGAGACAGCGGUUGUACUCUACAGCAUACAGCUUCUGGUUGGAAAGAUAUAGGGUGAAACUAGGUGAGACAGCUGUUGUACUCUACAGCAGUGGUAUUCAAAGUCCAGGUUGUGAGUGAACUGCAGUUGGAUCACGGCAAAAUAAAUAUAUAUAUAUUUUAUGAACAAAAAAUGAAGAGUACAGAUUAUUGUAUGGGUCAACAUAAAAACAUUUUUGAGAAAGAUAAUUUAAUGAAUUGAAGGUUAUUUGUUGAUGUAAAAAUCGGAAUUUAUGUUAUUUGUUUUGGGGUGGAAUGGGGUCACAAAAAAAUGUUGGGAAGAAAAAUGGCUUCCCCGGAAAUUGUUUCCGGAAAAAAAUGGGGUCCCAGCUGAACAAGUUUGAAUACCACUGUUCUACAGCAUACAGCCUCUGGUUAGAAAGAUUAUAGGGUGAAACCAGCACAACCAGUCUCUGCUGGACCCGUCUCUCCCUGCUGUAGAGGGCUCAAACCACCUGUAAGUCAGUGCAACACAAUAUCACUCAAUUUGUGCAAAUAUGUACAAAAAGUAUUUCCGCAGAUUUUGUGCGUUUAUGUGGCUUAAUUUGUGUGAAAAUACAACAUAAAAUGCUCAAAUAACUUUUCAAAUAUUGUUCCUACGUUUGCCCCCCAAAACUGUAUUUUCCUAUGAAUUAAGUUGCACAAAAAUGUGUCUUUUCACACGAAUUAAGCCACACAAAUUCACAAAAUACACAAAAUAUGCUUAAAUACUUUUUGUACAUAAUUGCACAAGUUGAGUGUGAGAUUGUGUUGCAACGUGUUAUAAAGUGCUUGAAUUGUGCCAGAACGCAGAAGUACAGAGUAUCGCACUUCAAAUGUAUUACUGUUUUGGCACCUCUUACAGAGUUUUGCUUUAAAAUAUUGUGGCGUUCUGCCAGUGGCACAUAAUUAUAAACAGUAGGGGCGCCCAAAAUAAGUACUGUCACCUAUUUCAGUCCACUUCAAGCACUGGUGUCAUAGAUAGAUACAGCAGGUUGAUGUUGGGUUUCAGUGAGAACGUUCAAGUUAAGAAAGUUACUCAAGUCUUUGUCAAUCCAAAGAGGAAGUGUCAACUGAAAUAUAAUUAUUUACAGUUGACAUCAAAGUAUGAUUUCGUUUGUAGUGUGACUGUACGGGGAAUAAUGUUUAUAAUAAGGGAAACAAUCAAUAUAACCUAUUUAUAGCACUUUUUACAGACGUUUGUCUCAAUGUUCUUAACCGCAACCCGGGCCUUAUCUCCAUAACCUAAAGAACAAAACAAGGUGAACGUGGCCAUCGGAAAAGCAGGUUAUUAUUACUGACCACGUCAUUAGGACCAGUCAAGAUUACCACAAAAUGUUUGCUCAAUCUCCUGAAAAAGCAGUGUACUACGUAAACCUAGUGUUUGUUUUGUCACAUACGCUCCCCAGCGCGCUGGCUCCGCAAAAGUGCUUCUGGCCUUUCGCCCUUCAAACAUGGACAGUUUUAUCUGGAAAGGAGUUUGACACAUGGACACGGCACUAUCUGUUCUUUCGCAAUGUCCGAUUUCUGAGAGUUCAUGUUGUCUGACCAGAAGAAACUGAGGUUUAGGGAUAUAUUCUCUCUGUAUCGCUGAAUCGUUACAUAUUGCGGGAUAAACUUGUAAUGGUAAUUUCCAAUUGAGCGUUUACCGUGAAUACAGUCUCCGCUAAAGCGGGAACAUUACCUUGAAUUUUCAAUCACGCUGUAAAACUGAACGUCCGCGAUACAGAUUAAAUAGAGUUUGUUGGGAGUGUGUGUGUGUGUCUGUGUGAGAGAGACUGGAGGUGGUCCAUGUAGUUGAUGCCUGGGGUGUAAUUAGGCUAUUAGGACAAAUUCUUGUAGGUCCCUCCCCGUUACGUCGUUUGUAACGUUUCUGCAACAUAUCUGGUGAUGUCUUCGCUUCUGUUAUUUUAUUAAAACACAGAAGGUGGUCUGAUCUAUUUGAGUUAUGUAAAUCAACAGCUGCUCAUAACGGCAGUCCAGACUCAGGCCAGCGGAGAGGUAGUCUGGAGAGCUUGUACGGGAACAGGGACAACUUGUAUAACGUUUUUUUUUCUGCGUUUCAAAUGAGUGUUAAUUGAUGUCUGAAAGGGAGCAGAUUUAUAAUCUAGUCUACUGAUACGGUGUGAUUGGAUUUACCGACACAGAGAGAUGUCUCGUAUUAAAGAAGCGUAAAGAUGCCAUCGUGGAUCAGGCUGGCGGUUCUCCUGUCUGCGCUGACAGUCCACUGCUUUCUGGACGGGACCUGUCCACGGAGAGACCCCCCUCCCAGGGUUCUGGUGGUGUCCCCAGGCAGCGUUCUGGUCUUGGCCUGUAGUGGUCAGGUGGAGGUGAACAGGCUGGAGGUGAUGGUUAACAGGGCCAAACACACCAGCACCACCGCUGGAAAUGGAAAAUACACCAGUGUCAUUACCGGUGUACAGCCCACCACUGUCAGCACCACAACAAACACCACAUCUAACGGAACCACUGUCAGCACCACAACAAACACCACAUCUAACGGAACCACUGUCAGCACCACAACAAACACCACAUCUAAUGGAACUACAGUCAGCACCACAACAAACACCACAUCUAAUGGAACUACAGUCAGUGCUAUAAAAGACGACAGUGAUAAUGGAACUAGUGUCAGUGCUAUAAAAGACGACAGUGAUAAUGGAACUACAGUCAGUGCUAUAAAAGACGACAGUGAUAAUGGAACUACAGUCAGUGCUAUAAAAGACGACAGUGAUAAUGGAACUACAGUCAGUGCUAUCAAAGACGGUAGUGAUAAUGGAACUACAGUCAGUGCUAUAAAAGACGGUAGUGAUAAUGGAAGAGACACAUUUUCUACUGGAAAGGACACUAUUGUCCUUACCGUAACAGACACUCCUGUCACAGAUGAUACCGGGACAGACAGUAAGAAGAAACCCGUCAUCAGGAACACUCGUGCAGGAAACCACACUCUUACUGUGAGAGAAGUUAACAAAGGGAAUGUGGAAGAUGUAACAGAGGAGGAGCACAAAGGAGGAGGAGAGCAGAGGGAUACAGGGCGGAGUCUUUACACUGUCAAUCAACCAGGACAUACAGAUACACAGAAACUAUUUCCUCUUACUGGGACAUCGCUCCAACCAACCAGAGACAGCGGAGUGGGAGGGGCUGACACUGAGCUGUCCUCUAAUCAGUGGACUGAUGCGAUGGACAGUGAGCAUGACUAUGAGGAAGAGGAGGAGAGGGGGAGGAUGCUGAGGGGGCUGAGAGGGAGGUCUCAGUGGAGACUGAACGGGAGGCCGCUGAGAGGAGGAGAGGAAAGAGGAGGAGUAGUGGUGUUAGGGAGGAGAGGCACCACUCUGACCCUGCCCUCCCUGGCGGUGGGUGACUCUGGGAACUACAGCUGCCACCGCGGGGGCAAACUGGUCUCCUCUCUGAGGGUGAGCGUGGCAGUUCCCCCAGAGAGGCCUAAGCUGUCCUGCUAUAAGAGGUCACCCAGCAGUAAGAUCCGCUGUGAUUGGACAGCCAGUCAACCGGUGACUCCUGUCCCUCAGUGCUACCUCCUCCUACGGAAAGGUCUAUCGGGGUCAUUCUCUCGUGUCAACUGUUCCUACUCCGCCCUGCUGUCUCGGUGUUGGUGUGCUAUAGGUCAUCAAGAGAAGGAGAGUAGAGAGCCACACCUGGCCUACCUGUGUGUCACCAACACUGCUGGCAACACCACCAGCCCUCUCCUAGACUUUACACCUCUGGACAUUAUUAAUCCAGACCCCCCCAGCUCAGUGGUGGUGAGGGGUGUGGAGGGGCAGGAGAGGAGACUGAGGGUGGGCUGGGCUGUUCCUCACUCCUGGAAAGAGAGAGACCGCUAUCACGAGCUGCUUUAUGAGCUCAGAUACCACACCAUGCCACACGGAACACAGAUCAAAGGGACCACCACAGCCCGGUUCUACACUAUAACAGAUGCGUUGCCAGGAGUACAGUACCUGAUCCAACUCAGAGCUAAGGAAGAGUUUGAUGGCCACUGGAGUGAAUGGAGCACGGCUGUCUACGCCAACACCUGGACAGCCCCUGUGCCAACUGCAUCCAGCGAUCUUUCUACUGUUAUGGACUACACAGACGACACAGAUUCUGGCUCUGGUAUGACAGAAGAGACAUCAGUCGCUGAGUCUAGGGGUGGUGUAGAGGUGUGGCCUCAUGUACUGUGGGUGGUUGCUUCCUGUGUGCUGCUGUCAAUCACUCUGUUGUCCACCUACCUCUACAGACACAGGGAGAGGUUCAUGUCUAAACUGUGGAGGUUGAGUCCCGUCUCCUCCUCUCCUGCUUGCCCCUCCCCCCCAGUCACAGCCCUGCCUACCCAGGAAGGACAUGCCCUCGUGAACUUUGACCACCCAAUCUACGGGGAACCUGUCCCACAGGAAGAAGAGAGGAAGGAGGAGGAUGAAGAGGAGGAAGAAGAGGAGAAGGGGGAACUUAUUCGCUUUAACAACACAAGCUAUUUUCUGGUCCAGAGCAAAUGAUAUGCCUGCUCUUAAAACAAACCCCUUACCCUCUAUCCCAGCUCUUAAAACAAACCCCUUACCCUCUAUCCCAGGCCCUUACCGCUAGCCCCCUGUUCCCCUAGUCCAGGCCAGAGAAGCCCUGUUAUUUCACUGUUUGGAUGUGUGCAGUAUUUUGUUCUCAUUGGGGAAAAUGAGCCAGUAGAGUAAUGAUGUAAAUAUUCAUUUGUGUGUCUAUAAAAAAAGUAUUGGGUUUUUGUAAAUCAUUUUGUUGGAAUUAAAUAAAUAGUUUUGAAUACAAA